UUUUUUAUCUGUUAAAUUCUACAAAAUGGCUGAACUGUAAAGACGUGUUAUUUCUGCAUUUUUCGCUACAAUGGAGCUCAAUAACGUGCGCAAUUUCGACGAAAACAAAUCUACUAGUGGUCCUACAACCGUGUUUAUCGGAGUUUGUUGUGACACAAUAGGAAGUGCGACGGGAACAGUGUUUGAAAAGUCGACUCACUGGUUUUCCCGAAAAUUUCCCUUGAAUUCUUCAAGAAAGUGGCGUGGACUGGCUCACAAGCCUUUUCCUGAUAACUUUAUUUGUGGUAGAAUGUCAGCGUGAGCGGAAAUGGCUUAGCAUCCUCUAGACUUUAUUAGUGUAGUGAAAAUAGUGCAACAAAAAUCUAUAAUGUAUUCCUUGGGAAACGAUUGGCGUAAGAGACACACGAUGUUCGACCCACCUCAUUAUUCUAUUUCAAAUUACUGUACAGACACUAAGAAGGAAAUGAAGCACUCUUUCGGGGACGAGUUGUUGAACAAUCUCCACUUACUGCCCGAUCCGUUGAAGAAGAAUUUGGCGGACUCCAUAAUAACAACUGAGGAGAAACCAAAACAAAGGAAAACUAUGCUUAACGUGGAAUGCGUAGAGACUAUAAUGCCUAAAUCUGAGGAGGCGUCACCCAGGGCAUCCCCUUUGCCCGCAUUUUCAGGUAUCACAAGCUUUUUUUCUGGAGUGAUGAAUGUAAUAUCGAGCGCGAUGUUCUUAAGACGGUCGCCGUCGCCGCCUCGGUACUACGAUUGUUACGACGAAUCCAAUGUCAGCCGUCAGCGGUCGCCAGUGGGCUGGCAGCCCGCCAACUGUGAGGAUCAAAAUAAAAAUCUUCGGGCUCACGAUCCGAUCAGUAACUCCGACACUGAUUUGGUAACAGACAUGAGCGCCGACGUCCACGACGCAGUCGCGAAAUGCGAGGAUAAACUCAACAGAUUACGGUUACUGCUCAAAUCAAAGCCGGUGGAAGCACCGAACUGCGCGAGACAACCGAGAAAAGCCUCCGUGAGCCCGCCACCACAAAAACCUGUCACCGAGCUUGGUUCUGUUGAAAAACAGAGUCCAAACAUCCAGGACAACUUGACAUUUGCCAACGAAAUCAAUGGAGAUGAACUAUCGAGUGUCGAAAACUCUCCAGCGGUACGAUCGCUCGACCGACUCUCUACACCAUCGGUGAAUAGCCAGAGAGAUGAGAAAGACUAUUUCGACGAAAUCUCAGGGAGGUUCCACUCGUCGUCUGCGACGGAGAGCGAGGACUCCUUUCAAAUUGUGUUCACAGACAGCCCUAAGAACCGACCGAGGGUGCCAUCGGACUGCGAGUCAGAAGACUCGUUCAUCGUCUUCGAAGAGAGCCCGGACAGUUGCUACACAUCCAACGAUGUCUUCGGAGAGGAGUCUGAAUCAGACGCUGAAUAUUCGGACUCUGACACCGAUGUCAGUGAUUCCGGCUGCAUUCCCGUGACCAAACUAGCGCAUACUUUGUCCAGGACGUUUGGUGACUUGACGGAUGACAGUUUGUACGAUGACAAGCCGGUCGAUGAGGUGGAUUGUGCGGUGAGGACAGUGUGUGAGGAAAUACCUAGUGAGGAUAUUGAGGAUGAUAGUGUAGUGUGUGAGACGGACAACGAAGUGAAAUCUACCGGACUGCUGCUCGAUGAUGCAAAGAAGUUGCUCAGGAAAACGCUGCCUCCUAAAAAAGUACACUUCUCUCCAAACCCGCCCAAGGUGCACGUGAUGCGUGUAUGGACUUUCGCAGCAAGACAGGCGCGUGCCGGACACUGGGAACGCUGCGCUAUCGACCGGGACAGGUUCAAGAGGAGGAUCGCCGACGUGGACAUGGCCAUAUCCUGGGUCCUAAAGCCGCAGCAUCGCUCCCGGGUCAUGUUCCAGCGGUUCAUGCCGUGGUGGAACGCGAUCAGAAGGAAGGAACUCGCCGAGAAGAAGCAGAGAGAGGCAGAAGAAAAACUGAGGGUUGAAGCUCAGAAAAUUAAGGAUGAAGAAGAAAAACUGAGGCUUGAAGAGACAUUGAAAGAAGAAGAUUUAAAAAAUGCUGAGAAGAUAGAAGAAGCACAAGAAAACCUCAUACUUGAAGCUCAGAAAUUAAAAGAGGAUGACAAGUUGAGCGAAGAAGAAAAACUUAGGCAUGAAGGUAAAGUGAAACAAGAAAAAGACUUAAAAGAAGCUAAGAAGAUAGAAGAGGCAGAAGAGAAACUCAAACUUGAAGCUCAGAAAUUAAAAGAGGAUGACCAGUUGAGAGAAACUAAGAAGAUUGGAGAAGAUAGAUUGAAAGCUGAUAAUACAAGUAAGAUUGCUAAUGAUGUUAAAAUCAACAAUAAGAUUGAUAAGGAUGUUAAAGUCAACAGUAAGAUUGAUAAUGAUGUUAAAAUCAACAGUAAAAUUGAUAAGGAUGUUAAAGUCAACAGUAAAAUUGAUAAUGAUUUUAAAAUUAACGGCUUAACCUAUUAGAUUUGUGGUAGCAAAAUUGUUUUUAAAGUUCCCCAUGACAAAUUAGUCGAUAGCAAAGAAAGUAAAGAGCAAAAACAUUUAGAAAAUGGAUGCGUCAAUAUCGUCAAUGAUACAAAAGAUAAAUCAAUCAAAAUCGAUUGCAACAAAUCUGUUCUCAAUUCCAAAUCGGAUGUCAAAAUCGAUUCAGUUAAUUGUAAAUUGAAUUCAGUAUCGGAGAUGGAAAAAAGAGCAGGUAUAAUUAUGAUACAUGUAUAUUUCCAAGAUGAUUAGAUGGCAGACUUAAGACUGGUUUUCAAAUAACUUCUUAUUUUCUUUUAAAUACUAAGGCUUUAUCCGUCUCUCUUGCUCACCUUAAGAUGCUGGUAUGAGUGAGAGAAUCAGUAGACAAUUUGUAAGUUGGGACUUCUUCAACAAAAGAAACUCAUGCAUCGGAUAAUAUCGCGUUUCACAAUCUAACAACGCCAUCUGCUGUAUA